AAACCUAACCUCUUUCUUUGUUCAGUAGCGUCAGCAUGGUGACUUGUGAUUCUCCUCUUUCAGUUGUUUGAUAAUGCCUUUAAUAAUUGUAACUGGCAUUCCUUCUAGUGGAAAAACAACCAGAGUAAGAGAAAUUGAGAAAUUCUUUAUUGACAACAACAAAAACGUGGAAAUCGUCAGCGAAGAAGAACAAAUUGUUAAAGCGGGAUUUGAAAAGAAUGCCGUUUAUCUAGAUGCAUCGAAGGAAAAACACAUACGGGGAUUACUUAAAUCCGAAGUGUUGAAACUUCUUGGGCCCAAUUCGGUUGUUAUCUUAGAUGGCAGCAAUUAUAUUAAAGGUUACAGGUAUGAACUGUACUGUGCUGCGAAAGCUAAUAAAUGUACCCAGUGCACUGUGCAUACGGAAAUAAACCGGGAUGUCGCUUGGGACUUCAAUGAAAACCGACCGGAUGAAUUGCAGAAGUACACUCGCGAAGUGUUCGAUGCACUUGUCAUGCGGUAUGAAGACCCCGAUUCGAAAAACAGAUGGGAUUCCCCGUUAUUUAUGGCAUUUCCCACAGACCCUUUGAAUUUGCAAGCGAUGGCCGAAUGUUUGCUUGACAAGAAACCUCCAGCUCCGAACCAGUCCACUCAGAACAUGGGGUAUAAGAUGAUUCUUAUAGAAUUGCAAGAAGGCGAGGGUAGCGGAACACUACUUGCAGAGACAGCAUUGCGGAUAUUGCAGAACAAGAAACAAAUCAGACAUCCUACAGCUUCUAGCUAGCAGUAUGAAAAUUAUGUUUAAGAAUGGGAUAUGUGAAAAAAAUACAAAAACUCCUCAGUGGUCCACAAUCGACCUUUAGAAAUGCUUCCUCAUCUACUAUUGGAUAUUAAACAUGACCUGAUUGGAUUUCACGACUAAGACCGGAAAUAAAGAACAUGCACGAAGAUGGUUAAUUUCUCUAUCACGUCAAUCUGCAACUGACUGGUGGCCAUUACUUUUUAUGUUGCUAAAUAUUACUCUCCACCAUUUGGGCAUUUGUCUGCUUUGUCAAAGACGAAUUACAUCUGCAAUAUCAACAAAGUACAAUAUGUCAGGUUGUGUACAGAUUGGAAUUGAACUGAGUAGAUUCCUGAAUUAAACUGUUCACGAGACACAGAUGAAAUCCAUAUCUGAAGGGAACUUUAAAUACUAAGGGUUAAUCUGUUCUCCACCAUUUGUCUGCUUUGUCAAAGAAGAAAUAAAUCUAUAAUAUGAGCCAGUGUCUGUCAGCUUGUGUACAGAUUGGAAUUGAACUGAGUAGAUUCCUGAAUGUAACUGUUCACGAGACACAGAUGAAAUCCAUAUCUGAAGGGAACUUUAAAUACUAAGGGUUAAUUUGUUCUCCACCAUUUGUCUGCUUUGUCAAAGAAGAAAUAAAU